CGUCGUAAGAGAAUUCCAAGCCCCGGGAGAAGGCGUUCCGGGCCUCAAUUUCGGCGUCGUGAGAUUCUUGUGAGGCGUCCUGCCGUCUGCCUGGAAGCCGGCGGAAAUUUUGCUUCUUUAAAGAGAAAAAGAAGGCUAGGGACUCAGAUUCCUGGAUUCUGAGAUCCAGACCAGCUCCUCCCAAACCUCUCCAGAAGAAGCCAUGGGAACCCCACGUAUCCAGCAUUUGCUGAUCCUCCUGGUCCUAGGAAUCUCCCUCCUGACCUCGGGCCUAGAGCUGUAUUGUCAAAAGGGUCUGUCCAUGACUGUGGAAGCAGAUCCAGCCAAUAUGUUUAACUGGACCACAGAGGAAGUGGAGAUUUGUGACAAAGGGGCACUUUGCCAGGAAACCAUACUAAUAAUUAAAGCAGGGACUGAGACAGUCAUUUUGGCCACGAAGGGCUGCAUCCCGGAAGGGGAGGAGGCCAUAACAAUUAUCCAGCACUCUUCAUCUCCCGGCCUGAUCGUGACCUCCUACAGUAACUACUGUGAGGAUUCCUUCUGUAAUGACAAAGACAGCCUGUCUCAGCUUUGGGAGUUCAGUGAGACCACAGCUUCCACCAUGUCAACAACCCUCCAUUGUCCAACCUGUGUGGCUUUGGGGACCUGUUUCAGUGCUCCUUCUCUUCCCUGUCCAAAUGGUACAACUCGAUGCUAUCAAGGAAAACUUGAGAUCACUGGAGGUGGCAUUGAGUCGUCUGUGGAGGUCAAAGGCUGUACAACCACGAUUGGCUGCAGGCUGAUGUCUGGAAUCUUAGCAGUAGGACCCAUGUUUGUGAGGGAAGUGUGCCCACAUCAGCUGCUCACUCAACCUCGAAAGACUGAAAAUGGGGCCAUCUGUCUUCCCAUUCCUGUUUGGGGGUUACAGCUACUGCUGCCAUUGCUGCUGCCAUCAUUUAUUCACUUUUCCUAAGAGGGCACUUCUGGGCCUGGGUCUGAGGACGUCUUUUUUGACUGGGAGCCUUCUUACUGUUGAGGUUCAACAAGUUGAGGAGUAGGUGGGAAUUUGAGGGAGAAUAGAGAGAUACUAUGAACGUAUCUGACAUUUUUAAUACAAUUUCUGCUGUAAUUUUUGUAUGCAGUAGGCGUUACUAAUAAACAUUUCUGCUGUGA